CAAUUUUAAUUUAAACGUUUGACAGCUGUUUUAAAUUGACAAGUAUUGCAAACCGAGAAGAAAAACAAUUCAAAUAAUUACAAAAUCAACCUAAUAUUACAAUUUAAUGAAUAUUAGAAAAUACGACAUAAACAAUAUUUAUGUCUAUAAAAUUUUACCAACGAAAUCCACUUUAAAAUUUAGGUUAUGUGUUGUAACAUGGAAUGAUUCAAGGUGAAUAACAUGAUUUGAGAUCUUGAAACUGUAAUAUCACGUUCUACCUUAUAUGGAUUAAAGGGUUUAUUAAUCCUUCCUGAUAUUUACGCUCAGUUUAAACUGCAGCCUAGCUAUGGGCGACCGUGACAAAAGUGAUUCAAGCUCUCAAGAUGAGAAGUCUGAGCAAAACAUAACGAUUCCACCAAGAACAGCUCCAGCUGGCCCAAGCUACUUUGCUAGUGAGCCCCUACAGUUCCGAAUUCGUGGAACAAGUAUAACAGGGGCUUCACCUCCUCACUUUGUGACGUUGGAGGACAUUAUGAAAGCAGCCCAUGGCAUGAGGAACAUGGCUUUGGCUCAUGAGAUAGCCGUUGAUCAGGACUUUAAGCUGGAGCCAUUCGAAGCUCCUGAUAACAGCUAUCAAAAGCUAGUGAAAGAAACAAUGCAUCGGGCGUAUUUUGACAUAUUAAGAGAACAAUUGAACUCUGAUCCGCCUGUGUAUAAGCAAGCACUAGUGUUAUUGGAAGAUGUGAAACAGGGAUUAUUCUCGAUACUUCUACCGCGUCAUACAAGAAUUAAGGAAAUGAUAGAAGAAGUCCUUGAUAGAGAUUUUAUCAAGCAGCAAGCGGAGAACAACAGUUUAGACUUCCAGAAGUAUGCAAAGUUUGUUAUAGACCUGAUGGCAAAGCUGGCUGCUCCCGCAAGAGAUGAAAUGAUACAGAACAUCACUCAACUUACUGACACUGUAGACAUAUUCCGUGCUAUUUUGGAGACACUAGAAGUUCUCAAGUUGGAUUUGGCCAACACAUUAAUAGCCAUGAUAAGACCACACGUACAGAAAGAAAGUGUUCAAUAUGAAAGAAAUAAAUUUGAUGAAAUGCUCAAACUCUCCGAGGAUGGACUCCAAUACACCCGUGAAUGGUUGCAACGACACAUCGACAAGGCAGAGCUUACUCUCCCGGUCACAGACACAAAUAUCAUAAGAAACGUCACAGCCCAAACACUGGCCAAAGCGUACUUGGAGUUACUUGAGUGGGAUGAAUCGAAAGGAUAUCCAGAGACUAUACAACUUGACAAGCCCCGCUUUGAUGAGCUGGGAUUUCAAGUUUAUCGGCUUGUUUGUGUUGCCUCAUUAUUGCUAGUCAGUCCGUCGUGUGGCAACGAUUUUGACGCCAACCAUAAAAAACUACUCAAAGACAAGAUUGACAUUAUUAUAGACAAUGCAUCUAAUGACAUAGAAUUAAAAGAAGUACUACCUUCCAUAGCCGAAGAAGUUAUACAAAUGACGGAACAGUUGUUAGAAGGCAUGAAUCAAGAGCCUCUAAGUGGAGAAACUAAAGAUCUCAUACGCACACAGGUUAUAUCAAUCAGUGAUCCAGAACAUAGAGUGAGGCAGAUUGUUCGCCAAAGGGUGCUUGAGUUCCUAAAAGUAAUCCUUGUAUGUUCUGGUGGAUCCAGACAAAUACCAGUUGGACUAUCAGCAUUUACUAAAGAACUGACCUCGGUGUCAGGCACCUUACUACGUUAUGUUAUGCAUAAUAAGGCAGUAUUCACACAACACUAUAUGGAUAUGAUCGCUAAGGAACUCAGUAACUGACCUUUAUAAUAUAGCAUCCACGAUUUUCAUCACACAAAACUUUACGCUGUUGUUAAGAGAUGUACACAUAUUUCUUUAUGAAAUAUACAAAAUUAAAGCACCAUUUUAGUUUAGAAAGAUUUCUAAUGUUUUUUAGAUAACAUAUAGGAAUAAUAAUCAACAAAAAUUAAAUUAAAUAUUUAAUUAUUAACAUCGAACUAUUAAGUGAAAAUCUGUAGAAUAAUUUUAUCUAUAUUUACAUGCAAUGAGCAAACUGAUAAAUUAACAACUUAAUUCAAAAUUUUACCUAGUACAUUAAGUAUUUACUAAUUAUAAGGCAGAAUUUAUAAUAAUUUUGAUAACGUUAAAUAAUUUUAACACAGAGCCAAACUAUGGUAAAUAGUUAAUUCAUAUGGUAAUUACAAAUAUAUUCCCAGCAUGAAUAAUUAACGAUUUGUUAAAAAUUGUAAACGCGAAAGCAAUAAAAAACCUUUGCUAUCGACUAGUAUGUUUCUAUUGCAUUGUAUUGCUAACUUUUAAGAAACGUUAUUAUAUCGAGUCGAAUACUUAAUGAAAAUAUUAAAAAUAUAUGGUAGUCAAGAGCCACUAUUAUUUAAAGGUUUUUCACAUUAUAGCGUAGAUUGGAACAGCUGUUAAAAACAAUUUUUAAAAUGUAAUAAAUCCGCCUGCUCAAUGCUACAUUUGAAAUAUUGAACUCGUUUAUUUGUCAAAAGUUAUCUAGACUUAUACAUAAUCUGUGACAAUUUAUUUCUAAGAAGACAUUUUUGAGUUUUCAAAUUCCGUCUCACGAAGGAAGUCCAACACUCGGAUAUAAUGAAAUAUUUUAUAAAAGACAGGCUACGGACUUUUAAUAGACAAUACCAAUUUGACAUUUAUGAUAAAAAAAAACAUGCAUUUAAAUUUUUUGGAAUUUUUAAAUUAAUUGUGUGAUUUUUUUAUUUUACAAUCGGAUAUGUCCAAAUAUAUUUAUAGAAUAACAUUAUAAUAUCAAAUGCACUAAUAAAAUUGCUAUGAAUA